GGGCAUGCGGUUCGACACCCCAUCGGACCAUGGGAGGCUCUCUAACGUCAUUUUAACAUUUCCCCUGCCAUGAGGUUUCUUGCCGGUCUCGUCCACGCCGCUGUCGCGUCCCAAGUCGUGUUUGACAGCCACGACCCCCUCCUCCCCGCUGACCGCAAAGGAAACAUGGGUUCCUUCGGCGAGUACGUCUCGAAGUAUCGCCAAGCUGCCGUGCGAUUCCGCAGCCCCAAGGCCGUGGACGACGCGUGCAUCGAGGGGCCCACUAUCAAGAAUGUCACCUUUACGAUGGACACGGUCGACGUGCCCCCUAACACGUGUCUGCGAGUCGCUCUAUGCCCUUCUGUCAACGACAUGCCCGACUGCACCAAGUCCGGCGGUGCUGAGCUUGUCUCCAUUAGCCAGCUCCGUCAGCAGCGAGUUAAGCUUCAUUGGAUCCCUUCCUCAACGAUCGUCCUGGACCCGUCGACCCUUUACUGGAUUACCGUCUCCUCGACCGCGGAGGCCCCCAAUGCGCCAAUUUGGUUGGCAGGUACAAAGGAGUUUAACACCAUCGACGACCCAAAAGGCGACGUCCUCGCCUUGUUCACGAAAUCCCAAGAUGCCCCCCGGAAUGGCAUUAAUCUCGGUAGCAACCGCGAAGUAUUCUCUAUGCAAGUGAACGCCGACUAAAAUGUCAUUCCUCGCCAAUGUGGUCGUGCGUGUGAGCUCCGAAUGACGUCGGACACGAUAUCGAUCACUGACUCUCCAGUGGCCCAACGGCAGGGUGUGUCCAGGCGGUCAAAUUCGUUGUAGAACGAUUGAAUGUUCGACGCAACAAGUUUGACAUUUGACAUUUUCUUGACGUGCUUUGGCUAUCUUCCAGGCAAUAGAUUGCCAAGCUCGUUCAUUCGUCUCG